CAAUUUGAAACUUUUAUAAUAGAAAAACAAAACACAACAUGUAUGCGAUUAUCCUAAUUUAUGCUUUAUAUUUCAUUACUAAUGGAAAGUUUGAACAUGUAUCAGCAAGAACCGUGAAGUCAGACAAAUUAUCAGAUUCAUCUGCUUCAAAGAUGCUUACCUUGAAAAAUUUGACAGAUCCUAAUAUCCACAUACCACAGAAAUCAAAUAAUCGAACUUCAUGCAACGGUACAGGUAAAUGUGAACUUCAAAAAUCAAGUAAAAAUGUUCCUGUCACCACUACGAAUUUACCUCAGACACAAGUUCACAACUCUACAGUAGCUCCCCACGUUCCAACAACAACAACACACCAGAAAAUUUCACAAAAUCAUACAAUUGCUCAUGGAACAAAAGCAACUACUGCUGCACCUAUUGCUCAUGGAACAAAAGCAACUACUGCUGCACCUAUUGCUCAUGGAACAAAAGCAACUACUGCUGCACCUAUUGCUCAUGGAACAAAAGCAACUACUGCUGCACCUGAUCAAUGAUGAAUAGCUCCAAGGAUUGAUAUUCACUUAUAACCUCGUACUAUGCUUAUUAGCAUAUUAUGUCAAUUAAAUAGCGGUUAAUAUCUGUCUCUAUUUCUAUCUAGGAUCUCAUAUUUAACCUAAAUAUUACUAACUUAAAUUUUUUCAAUUUAAAUGACUAAUUAUCUGAAGAUACAUUUAUUCAAGUAUAAUAUAAAACUAUAUUUAACAGCUAUAGAUGAGAAUACUAUGUAAACUAUCGUAUAAUAUACUUAUCCUUUGAUACAAAUAAAA